CAGGCGCCCGACCGCUGCGCCCCCCAGGGGUCCCCCACACCUUGGUUCCAGUUCCCCUCCAGUGGGCACCGUGAGCUCCGGCUAACCCUGGACUCUUCCAGAUUUCCCCCCUAUGCACAGGGGGCAGAAGAAUGACGCACACAUCUCUGAGACCGGAAUCGAAACAUCAGUCGAGGGAUAAUGGUCUGGGGAAGGCAUGAACUCCAGGAGGAUGGGGCCCCCCGAGUGGGACCCCGGAAAGCCUCUGGUGCUGAAGAGUCAGGGCAACGGAAGUAGGUGCUAGAUCCUGCCCCCGGGGACAUGAUCUUGAGCAAGGAUGUCCAUGAGGAGCCCUGGCUCUGCCCUGCUGGCCCCAGAUGGCGUUGGCACCAUGGUGAACUGCACUGUCAAGUCAGAAGGGAAGAAGGAGCCCUGCCAUGAGGCCCUCCAGGGCUCAGCCGCUGGAGCUGAAUCCCAGCUCGGAGACCCAGCCCGGGCUCCCCAGGAUGGCGCUGACCCCCAAGCUCCAGCCCAGGACUGCAGCUCCCCAGAGAGCAAUGGGUCCCCAGAACCCAAGAGACCAGGAGGUUCUGAGGCUGCUUCUGGAAGCCAGGAGAAGCUAGACUUCAACCAAAAUUUAAAAGAAGUUGUGCCUGCCAUCGAGAAGCUGCUGUCCGGUGACUGGAAGGAGAGGUUUCUGGGAAGGAGCUCUGUGGAAGCCAAAGAUGUCAAAGGGACCCAGGAGAGCCUGGCAGAGAAGGAGCUCCAGCUCCUGGUCAUGAUCCACCAACUGUCCACGCUGCGGGAUCAGCUCCUGACCGCGCACUCAGAGCAGAAGAACAUGGCCGCCAUGCUGUUUGAGAAGCAGCAGCAGCAGAUGGAGCUGGCCCGCCAGCAGCAGGAGCAGAUCGCCAAACAGCAACAGCAGCUGAUUCAGCAGCAACAUAAGAUCAACCUCCUCCAGCAGCAGAUCCAGCAGGUCAACAUGCCUUAUGUCAUGAUCCCAGCCUUCCCUCCGAGCCACCAGCCUCUGCCUGUCACCCCUGAUUCCCAGCUGGCCUUGCCUAUCCAGCCCAUCCCCUGUAAACCAGUGGAGUACCCCCUGCCGCUGCUGCACAGCCCCCCUGCCCCUGUGGUGAAGAGGCCCGGGGCCAUGGCUGCACACCCCCCUCUGCAGGAGCCCUCCCAGCCUCUGAACCUCACGGCCAAGCCCAAGGCCCCGGAGCUGCCCAAUGCCUCCAGCUCCCCCAGCCUGAAGAUGAAUAACUGUGGAACCCGCCCCCCCAGCCACGGGGCCCCCACGCGGGACCUGCAGGCCAGCCCGCCCAGCCUGCCCCUAGGCUUCCUUGGUGAAGGGGAUGCUGUCACCAAAGCAAUUCAAGAUGCUCGGCAGCUGCUGCAUGGCCACGGCGGCGCCUUAGAGAGCUCCCCCAACGCCCCCUUCCGCAAGGACCUCAUCAGCCUGGACACGUCCCCGGCCAAGGAGCGGCUGGAGGAGGGUUGUGUGCAUCCCCUCGAAGAAGCCAUGUUGGGCUGCGACAUGGAUGGCUCCCGCCACUUUCCUGAGUCCCGCAACAGCAGCCACAUCAAGAGGCCCAUGAAUGCCUUCAUGGUGUGGGCCAAGGACGAGCGAAGGAAGAUCCUCCAGGCUUUCCCAGACAUGCACAACUCUAGCAUCAGCAAGAUCCUUGGCUCCCGCUGGAAGUCCAUGACCAACCAGGAGAAGCAGCCCUACUACGAGGAGCAGGCGAGGCUGAGCCGGCAGCAUCUGGAGAAGUAUCCCGACUAUAAGUACAAGCCGAGGCCCAAGCGCACCUGCAUUGUGGAAGGCAAGCGGCUGCGGGUGGGCGAGUACAAAGCCCUGAUGAGGACCCGGCGCCAGGAUGCCCGCCAGAGCUAUGUGACCCCCCCACAGGCUGGCCAGCUGCAAAUGAGCUCCUCUGACGUCCUGUACCCUCGGGUGGCAGGCAUGCCCCUGGCCCAGCCCCUGGUGGAGCACUACGUGCCCCGGAGCCUGGACCCCAACAUGCCUGUCAUCGUCAACACUUGUAGCCUCAGGGAGGAGGGGGAGGCCACAGAAGAUAGGCACUCGGUGGCGGAGGGCGAGCUGUACCGCUACAGCGAGGACGAGGACUCAGAGGGCGAGGAGAAGAGCGACGGGGAGCUGGUGGUGCUCACAGACUGAGCCUAGCUGGGUGGGCCCAGCCUCCUUCCCGGGAAGACCCGGCCCUGAGCCGAUGGGCGCAGCCAGCCGGCCUGGACUAUGUUGGUACUUGGACUUGGGCAUGCCCGGGAGAGGGGCACAGCUGUGUACUUGUAGAUACCCUCCUGAGGGGAGAUGCCCCCCAGCCCUGUGGCCACCCCCAGGGAGCUGCGGGCCUAGCUGGGCAGGACUUGCAGAGCGGUCGGGGCUGAGCGCCUUGGCCCUUGGGCCUCAUGGCCAGCAGACACUGUGUGACCUUCCCCUCCUGCAGGUCUGCUCACCCCAGGGAUGUGGCAGCUCCAGACCUGCCCCCCUGGGGCUACACGCUUUGUUUUCAUUCUUGUCCUGGCUGGACCAGCCUCUGUAGGACCAACGCCCACCCCCCUCCCAGGUCGCUCCUCUAUCACAGGAUCACCUUGUACUUUGUGCAGAACGGUCUGGCUGUCCCUCGCUGUCCUCAUCUUCUGCCAAGCCUGCUGUGCCUCUGGCUGCUGUGUGUAGGUGUGUGCACGUGUACAGGUAUGUGUACGCACAUGCACACGUGUGUUCCCAUCUGUUCAUUCGUUGCACAAGAUAUUUAUUGAGCGCCUGCUGUGUGCCAGGCACUGUUGCUACGUUCCCAUGGGUGUGUCUCUUGAGGCCACUCUUGCUUCUCUGGGGGCCUCGUUCAGUGCUUCAUUGUCCCAAAUUGCUACCUCUGUCAGUCUGGGUGUCUCAGGUUCCGUGUGUCCUCGUGUGUUUCUGUCCUUGUUUCUCUGUGGGGGUGUUCUUCUAUCGCCCUUUUUCGGUGUCUGCCUCUGCCCUUUGGACACCGCUGGACCAUCUGAGUUUCUAGAAGGCCCCUGCGCCCACCAGCUGCCCUGACCUCCCCUGCCCAUUCCUUUACUCCCUCCCUGAUGCUCUCUCCCCUGUCGGUCUGUUCCCAUAGAGCCACUUUUAGCUCUGAGCAAUAUGGAAUGUGCUCAGCUUCCUAGGGGCUCUGUCUUGGGCCCCAGGCCCUGGGCCCAACCUGUGUGCCAGGAGCUGGGGACAGGAGGAUUGAUGGUGCCUGCCUUCCGGGCAGUGACAGAAGCCCUGGAGAGCCAGGGCUUCCCCCCACCUCCACCCCACACUCACCCCGGGGAAUCUGUCUCAGCUCCUGCUCCCAUGGACAAGUUAUUUCCCUAAGAAAUCCCACUGGCACCUGACUCCAAAGAUCCAGAACAGCCCUUGCAAACCCCACAGGGGCAGAUGUGGCAUCCGUGCCUACCCCCCCCCAAAUCUUCUCUCCUUCCUCUGUCCCCCCCCCCCCAUUCCCUCAACCCCAACUUCUCUCCAGGCUGUUUUUUUUUAUGACUGUAAACAUAGAUAGUGCUUUAUUUUGUUAAUAAUAAGAUAAUGAUGAGUAACUUAACCAGCACCUUUCUCCUGUUUACACUUGGGGAAUUUUUUUGUUUCCUGUUGGCAUAAUAAAGACAGACCAUUUCAGAAUCUGGUCCUCGAGGGGAGGGGGGGGGGAGGCAGCACGAAGCAAGGAGGCUGGCCUAAGGCCAGAAUUUCAAAAUGUGUCGCCAGCGCAGGCACCACUGACCUCUUGUGGCAACUCUGGGGAGCUUCGGGCAGGGGAUCUGGGAGGCAAUCUCUGCGGCUAGAGGGGCGCAGGCCCCAGGCCCCAGGCCGAGCCUUUGGGGAGACAGGUGCCACCCAGAGAGCCUUCCCCCUGAAGACGACACUGCCCCUGCCUCCAGGAGAUAAGCUUGACCUCACCACACAUUGUCUACCCAAGUCCUAAGGAAGAGGGCAGCAGUGAGAGCAGUAAGCAGUCAGGAUGCCAGAACUAGCCCCGUGGCCUUGGCUGGGGCUGAGUCAGAGCCCCCCUCUGGGCUUCAUCAUCUGAAAACACCGAGCUUAAGUCUUAUCCAUAGUCCUCAUCUGCUUUAGGAGAAGGAGCCCAGUGAAAAUCUAAUGAGAACUGUGGGCCUCUUCCCAGGAUGCCCAGAGCCCGUUUAGGAGCCCUCCGGGAUGAGUGAGGAAGCAAGGUCGCUAAGGAUGUGCUUCAGGGCUCUGUGACCUUUGGUUUGAAUGGGGAUUUCCAACACCUAACACACACUUAGAGAAGUAACACCCCGUUAGACUUAAAAGGGCUGAUGACAAACUAAAACUCUCAAAGUGCUUGUUAACAGUGAUCAAUAAAAAGACCAACUCUUAUAAAAAAAAAAAAAAUCCCAUUGUAUGGAAUGGGGCAGCAAAGCUGAAGGGUAAUUCUAGUGGAAGGCUGAGCCUUGGAUCGGAUUAAUAGAGGUCCUGUGUCCACAGCCAAGGAGGUGGGAGAAAGGUGGUGGUAAGAGAAGGGAGUUAGGUGUGGUUCGUGGCAGGGCCUCUAACUUGGGUGAAGACUCCCCCAGGAAUUAGGUCCUGGCCUUUUGAGCUGGGGAGCAUCCUGGCUGCUGGCCUUUGCUGGUUUUUCCCAGCCUGCCCUCCCAGAGCUUUGGGCCUCCUCAUCUUGUCCUCCCCACCCCAUUUCCAGUGGGUACAAACACAUCCCAGGGAAAGACACAGGUGGUCCUUGGGAAGAGCAGCGAGGCUGCCUGUGGCGCCCACCGUCUAGUGGUCGGGGGCGAAUUGCUGUCUUAACCUGCCCUGUCCGUCUCCCCGACGGUGGGGACUCCCCACCUCCUGCACUGCGUUCCUAACCAAAUCAGGCCAGGCCGUCAGGACCCUUCCAGCCAUCCUCCUCCGCUCCUGCCAGUCCUGAGUUCCUCUUACUUCCUUGUGCCCCAGUCCUCUGUGGCCUCAGGGGAGCGAGCCUGAGGCCAGUACUGUCCUCCUCCUAAUCCAGGAGCCCUUGGCCUGCCCUGCCCUGGGAGAGGCAGGAUAGGGUCACGUGGGCAGUGAGGCCAGGAACACAAGGUCCUGGUCAUUACCAGGAAGGCUGGGGCAUUCUCUGCCCUCUCUGUGCCUCCUGCAAAGGCCGAGGGUCAGAGCCCAGCAGAGAUGAACCUCUGCCCUGGUGUGCUUUGCCCGGAGCUCCUGUUACGUGUCCAGCGAAGGUCUGAGAAAGAGGAGCCUGGGCCCGCCCCACCCCCAGGAGUCCCCAAGCCCUGGUGCUGGAAGCCAGGGGGCAGGGGUGCUGGCUAGUCUGGGGUGGCAGUGAAAGGACAGACGGGACUCCAGGCUUCGAGGGGGAGGGGUGGCCUAAGCUAUCCUCCCCCCAUGCUCCCCUCACUACCCCACCCCCCACCCAGAGCACUGGAGGAACGAGUGUGUUUUCUCAAAGGCAGUGGGAUGGUGCCUGCAGGUUCACUCCCUUGGUGCAGGUGGUGGCUGGGGCCGUAGGGGCACAGGAUGGUACCUGGGGGGCCCUGUCCCAGCCAUUCCCUGCUCACCACUGCAACACCGUCUCCAACGCUGUGACAUCAAGGCCCCAGGAGGCUGGAAACGAAGUUGCCUUCACAGUGGUUAUUUCUGCCCUCAGCUCCAGAGGUG